UGUUGAGAGAGUAUUAAGAGAAAGAAAGAAAAAAGGAAGCAGAGUAGAAUCUCUCGGCAUCUCCGAAUCUGAAGAAGAAGAAAGGUUGGAGAUCGACUUUAGAUGCAUGAAGUUGGAUUAACGUGGGAUCUCAAUUUCUUCACGCAGCUUCUACUCACCCUCUUCUUCCUCUCCAUCGGCCUCCUCUUCUUCGUCAAACGAACGGCCGCCAAGUACUUCGACGCCGGCGCCUCCGGUGGUUUCGACAGCUACCACCGCCGAGAUUCCAUGGUUCCCGACACGGCUGAAUGCCACGUCUGCGGGAAGCUCACCACCAAGAAGUGCUCUCGUUGCAAAUCCGUUCGAUACUGCUCUGCGGAGUGCCAAAAGUCAGACUGGAACUCAGGGCAUAAACGACAAUGCAAGGUGUUUAAGAGUUCUGACUCGUCAUCACCCGUGAGAAGGGAUCAUCAUGAUCUCGAUUUCAAAGCUUCUCUCUUUGGGAAUAACUCUGCAUCGGCUCCUCCUAAGCUAAUGAGCCAAAGCAAAGCUGUCGUCGUCAAGCCAGGAGAUGUUCUUUUCCCAUACGAGACUUUUGUUAACUAUUUUAACUGGGACAAACCUACAUUGGCUCCUUGUGGGCUCACCAAUUGUGGAAACAGUUGUUUCGCCAAUGUGGUUCUACAAUGCCUUUCAUGGACACGCCCUCUUGUUGCCUACCUACUGGAGAGAGGCCACAAGAGACAAUGUAGGCGCAAUGAUUGGUGCUUCUUCUGUGAAUUUGAAACUCAUCUCGAAAGAGCAAACAUGAGCCGGUUUCCCUUUUCACCAAUGAACAUUAUCUCCCGGUUGCCUAACAUUGGUGGCAAUCUUGGGUAUGGGAGACAGGAAGAUGCUCAUGAGUUGAUGAGGUUUGUAAUUGACAUGAUGCAAUCUGUUUGCCUCGAUGAAUUUGGUGGAGAAAAAGUGGUGCCUCCUAGUGCCCAAGAAACAACACUUAUCCAACACAUAUUUGGCGGUCUCCUUCAGUCACAGGUCCAGUGUACUGUUUGCAGUAAUGUUUCUGAUCAGUAUGAAAAUAUGAUGGAUUUAACUGUUGAGAUCCACGGGGAUGCGAUAUCUUUGGAGGAAUGUCUCGAUCAGUUCACUGCUAAAGAGUGGCUUCAGGGAGAUAACCUUUACAAAUGUGAUAGAUGUAAUGACUAUGUGAAGGCAUGUAAGCGCCUUUCAAUUCGUUCUGCUCCUAAUAUUCUUACAAUUGCCUUGAAAAGAUUCCAGGGUGGGAGGUUUGGUAAACUGAACAAAAGAAUUGGUUUUCCCGAGACAAUUGAUCUUGGCCCUUACACGAGCGGUGGAGGGGAAGGUUCAGAUGUGUACAAUCUUUACGCUGUGAUUGUCCACUUAGAUAUGUUGAAUGCCUCUUUUUUUGGUCACUACAUUUGCUACGUGAAGGACUUCCGAGGAGACUGGUACCGAACAGACGAUUCUGAGGUUGAAAAGGUUGAACUAGAAGAUGUCCUUUCUCAACGAGCAUACAUGCUCCUCUACAGCAGGGUUCAGACCAGACCAUCAAGCCUUAGACCCGAAGAAGUUCAAGAUGAAAAGAAAACAGAUGCAUUAAAAACAGAAUCUAGCCAAGACAGCUCUGUUGAGAGUUCUGGGGAGGGAGUAACUGACACGAGUGUGUCCUCGCUGUGUAACGGCAUCAUCUCACAUUCAGAAGGAUCAUCACCUUCGUCAUCUGUAACUGUCUCUGAAAAAGAAGGGGAAGUUGCCGAAAGGGUUGAUACGUUAGAUUCUGAGUCAAACCCUUCUAUUGACAUGGAACAUGAUUCUGGAACAGAUCAUCAAGAAGAAGGAGAAGCAGCAAAAGGGAAAGAAAAUCCAACGGUUGAAGAACCGGCUGUUGAUUCUUCUUCUUGUUCGGACAAUACUGCUUCAUCCCCUUCUGCUGCUACAGAAAAUCCAACGGUUGAAGAUCCUGCUUGUUCGGACAUUGCUACUUCAUCUCCAUCUGCUGCUAUAAAGUCCAAGCACCAGGAGGAGAAAGAAGAUUCAGACACCAAGAUGAUUGAUGAUGCUCAUUGAAUCCAAAAGGACAGUGAAAUCACAACAUUUUUUCAUGGCUCUUGAAGAGAUCAACAAGGGAGCUACUAACUUAACAAUAAUGUUGGCAACUUUGUUUUAGACGCUGCGACUUCUGGUGCUUGAAGGAUAUAUCUGUUUAGGAGAAAUCUUUAGUCCUAUGUGAGAUAGAAACUUCAGGAUCAGGAAGUACGCUAUUCUUUUAACUUCAGUUGUCUUUUAGAAUAUAUUUUACCAUUGAACCCAAAAACUCUUAUAGCAAUUACUAUUUAUGGAGGAAGAACACCGUGACUUAGUGUUGGACUAGUUCACUA